CCCCGUUUCCAGGAAGAACGGUUGGUACGUGCGAACCUUCCAAGAGAAACGCCGAACUUCUCUCGUCACCUUGAAAUCCAGGAAAGCGCAUCCUCGACCCAGCCAGCUUUCCACGGGGAAGGGGGGGGGGAAACCCUUUUCGCCACCCCUCCACGGUGUAGAAGCUGAAUGCGGUAAGCUAUAGGGGAGGAGGAGCAGCGGAUGACUUCAUGCAGCAGGACUGCCGUGAAUUUGGAAUCAGCAGCUGCAAGCUGUGUGCCAGGGAAUGACUGACAGCGGGAGUCCCCCCGGGCAUCUGCCGGGCGAACCCUCCUUCCCCGGCGUUCUUUUAAAAACCUCAGCCGCAGGGGGCGGCUGGGCUAUAAGCUGCUGAAAACAAGCGCCCAGCCGCGGUUUAGCCGCAGCCAGAGGCCAAAAGCAGACGCGUUAAAUAAUCGGUCGUCGGAAAGAAUUUCAAAUUGACUUUGAAACCAUAAUCGAUCUGAGUUCUCCCAGUAUUGAAGAGGUCUUAAGCUUUCAACCACUCCUGACAAUGGUAAUCAUUUUCAGAGCUAUGUAGAGACUGAUUCUGGACUGUAAUUGAACAAGAAGUUAAAUACCAUCAACAAACAUCAUUUUUAAGAGAAUCCAGUUAACAACAAAAUUAAAUCACUCCAGUACUCAACUUUACCUGAGGUCCUUAUUUUCAAGUUUCUCAACAGGAUGAGUUCAAUCUAUUCUGAAUACUGCUAUGAGGAUACUUGUUAGCAAUGACUGAUGUGGAAUCUACAUAUGCAGAUUUCAUUGCUUCAGGAAGAACUGGAAGAAGAAAUGCUCUUCAUGAUAUACUUGUAUCUUCAACAAGUGGGAAUUCUAGUGAACUAUCCCUGAAAUUAUCUGAACUUGAUAUAAACAAAACUGAAGGGGAAGAAGAUGCACAAAGAAACCCCACCGAACAAACUGGGGAAGCCCAGGGGGAAGCAGCAAAAGAAGAAGGCUGAUGUUUUAGGUUGACUGACAGUGACAACUGUAGAAAUAUUUUCCAACUGCAAAAGCCUGUUGGAAAAAAGCCUGCAUCUUGUGAGCAAGUCACUUGAACAAAAAGUAGAUUUAAAAUGGACGAAUCUCGUUACCAGAACCUGUACAAUGCAGUACAAAAAAGAGGGAAUAAAGGUGGUAACAGUAGACAGAACUUUUUCCACCGUUGUUAGCAAUGGUUGAGACCUGGUUACUGAUCAGGAGACUUUGUUGAGAGAUGGAUCUCAUAACAAAUGCCCACAUUGAAAUACAAAUGAUGUAGAUCUUGUAGCAAAAAUAGCAUUCAGCUGAACAGAAGCUUGAAUUGGAUUGUAUCACAAUGGCUUCAGUGAUCUUCUGAAAUUGUCUGGCUAGAGGAUUCACCUAUUUAAAAAAUCACUUGUAAAGGAAGCACUGUUUGUUUUUAAAGAACUCUGCUUUUCUGUUUUCAGCCACAUUACUUAACAAUGUUUUAUAUUGUACAAUUUAGAUGCUCCACACUGCCCUUUCUUGAAAUGCUCAUGAAAGCAACUGUGACUAUGAAUUUUUCUACAACUUGUUUGAAAGGGCUAGCUACGGUUUUCUUUUUCUUGUUUUCUGCACCAUGUGUUGUGUGCACAUGAUCAUCAAAUCACUUGCUAAACUGAUGAAAUUGCUCAUUUAGUUAUGAAUCGGCAUUCUUUCAUUUUCAAGAUAAACUUUUAACAUAAGUAAUGUACAGUCAGGUGUGUCUUGUGUUUUCUCAGUACAGUUCUUUGCUUGUGGGUAGUUGGAAAUCCAAGAAUCUUUCAUUCUUUAAGGAGUAUUUUUGUUGUUCAGACAACUAUGUAACUGCUAAAGCAUAAGAGUAAGCACAGUACAUAUUAAAGGAUAUGAGCUCAUAGCAGGUGAGAGAUAAAAUCUCCAACACUUUAGUAAAGACCUACUUCCUAAAAUGAAGAAGAAUUUAUUAUAGCUUUUAGAAUUGGAGUCUUCUCACUUUUCAAUCAAUAUUAAAGUAAAAAGUUAUUUUGUUGUGGCAAUCAAAUGGAUAUCAAUCACAAUUUGUCCCAAGUCCUAAUGUUUGUUUCUUUAUUUAUAUUUCAACUUUAUUUCAAAUGCCAUGCACUUUUCAAAUACUUGUAAUUUUAUUAAACUAUUAGUGUAACUUUGCUUUUUAGUAAAUCUAAACAUUGGUUAAUGAAACAUACAUUACCGUUGUGACUAUGGUUGUUGUUUUUACAAUAUUACUAUUUUACGGUUGUCACAUGGACAUUAUUGGUGUGAGGUCUGUAAAUACUUUAAUUGGCAUUGAAUUUGGUAAUUGGUGUUAAUAAAUAACAACCAGCAGAAUA